AUGGCGUCUCUUGAAUUGACCGAAUCGAGGUCUGAACAUCACUCAUCUUCUCAUCCAUCCAGUGAAAAGUCCAACAGUUCCCCCCGUCAUGAACUUGAGCAAGCCCCGCUGCCACCGGUGGACCAGGGCAAAGGUGCCUGGUUGAUUCUCGCCUCAUGCUGUUUGAUUCAGUUGCCGGUCUGGGGGUUCUCUCUCGUUGCCGGUAUCUUUCAGGAAUACUUCGAGACGCAUAAUGACCUCGAGGGAGGUAAAGGGGGUCUAGCAAUCAUGGGGACCACGGCAACGGGAAUCCUCUAUCUCCUGUCACCUGUGACGUUCACGCUCUUGACCCGCUACCCACAUCUCCCAAAGUCCUGUGCAUUUGUCGGACUAGCCCUCAGUGUCGGGGGCUCUCUGCUGUCUUCUUUCGCCACAACUGUUUGGCAGAUGAUUGUGACGCAGGGAGUGAUCUGUGGCCUUGGAAAUGGUCUCGUCUUCAGUCCGACCACGCUCUAUCUAGAUCAGUGGUUUGUUCGCCGCAAAGGUCUAGCAUAUGGAAUCAUGUGGGCUGGUAAGAGCAUCUGCGGCGUAGCUCUGCCUUUCGUGACGAGUGCCUGUCUUGACCGAUUUGGAGCGAAGACGACUCUAAGGGCUUGGACGGUAGUCACGCUACUCACGCUUGCUGUGACCCUUCCUUUCAUAAGGCCACGAAUCCCUCCAGCCCCAUCUACCACUCCGCAGCCUCUGAAUCUCGCUUUCUUGAAACUAGCUACGUUCUGGAUGCUCCAGCUCGGGAAUAUCAUUCAGAGCUUCGGCUACUUUUUGCCCAGCACGUAUCUACCGUCGUAUACAACAACUGCAGCUGGCCUGUCAGACACCACAGGGACUCUCCUAGUAGCACUAUUCAACGCCACCUCUGUUGUAGGUGGAAUAGUCUUGGGAUCUCUUUGUGAUCGCUUCGCCGUCAGCAAUAUCAUGCUGCUCUCCUCCGUAGGCUCUGGAAUGUCUGUCCUGCUGUUCUGGGGCCUGUCAACAUCGUCCCCAUCUACAAGCUUUCCACAGGCCGCCAUUGCCCUCCUGGUUCUCUUCUCUAUCACAUACGGAUUCUUUGCCGGGGGGUUCAGUUCCACUUGGUCCGGUGUACUCACCCAGGUCAAGCGCGAGGUUCCCUCGCUGGAAACCGGAUUAGUGUUCGGGCUGUUAGCCGGUGGAAGAGGCAUUGGCAGUGUCAUUAGUGGUCCAUUGAGCUCGGCCCUUAUGCAACGGGGUUCCAUAACCGGGCAAGAAAACGGGGAGAUCGGGUAUACCACCGACUACGGGGCGUUGAUUCUAUUCACUGGCGUGACAGCUAUUUUUGGAGGAUGGAGCUGGAUGUGGCAUCACCGACAACUCUGCUUGUGUUAA